AUGUUCUCCCGCGUCGCUGCUGUUACCCUCUUGACCUCUGUUAUCAUUGCUGUCGCCAGCCCCGUCCCCGGUGGUGACUCCUCCGUUUGCUCGACUGGCCCAGUCCAGUGCUGCAACUCGGUUCAAUCCUCUGACACCCCCCUUGCUGCUGGCCUUCUUGGCCUUGUAGGUGCCAUUGUUGGCCCUGUUACCACCCAAGUUGGUAUCACUUGCAGCCCCAUCUCUGUCCUUGGAGGCGCCUCGAACAAAUGCAAUGCUCAAACCGUCUGCUGCGAGAACAACGGCUUUAAGGGCGUCGUCGCCCUUGGCUGCAACAACAUCAGUCUUUAA